UUUUUUAAAAAAUCUCGACCUUUUAAGAUUUUUAUUUGUUGGUCUUUUGACAUGAAAUCCUUCCCUUCCUUUCCCAUCAUUUUCCACUUCAUACACAUUUCCUCUUCCUCCCCUCCUUUUCAUCAUCCUUCAAAUUUAUAUAUAUUAUUCUCUCCCCCUUUCCCUCCUUGCUUGUGCCAAAUCUCACUAAUUGCAAUGAGUGCUAAUAGAGAAGGGAGAAGAAAUCCCGCAAAAUCCUCCCUUCCUUUGUGGCCAAAUGAAUUUUGUUUUGUUUUGUUAUUUGUAGUAAAUAUAUAACAAUAAAAUUGUUUUUAUAUAAAAUAAAGUACUUGGCACGCUAUUUUAUUUAUUUAAAAAUAAACUAAAUCAAUAAGUUUUUAAAAACUAUUUGUUGAAUGUUUUUAACUGUUGAUUUUUACCAAAAUUUGUUUUACAAUUCAAUUUUUUUCACAACUUGUUUUUACAAUCCUUGUUUUACAGUUUAGUAUUUUCUCAGCUUGUUUUACAAUUUUUUGUUCCCCAACAUUGUUUUUAUAAUUUUUAUUUUUUCUCCUUGUUUUACAACUUGGAAUUUUUCCAGCUUGUUUUACAACUUGUUU